GUAAUAUUAAAACUAAGAGGAUCUUGAUUUUGGAUUCGCCACAUGGGAGACCAGGUCCGAAGCUUUACCAACGCGCAAAAUAGAGAUCUGAUUGGCAUUAUAUUUAGCUCUGUGUGCUGAAGAGGACUGAAGGAAAGGGGAAAUAAAAUCUCCCGUGACGUUGGAUUUGGAGAAAUUCACACUUAAGAUUUUAUCUGAAGGAAAGCGUAAAUCCAGUGGAUGAACAACUGAUCGGUUGUGGAACUACGAGACCAAUGGACUAUUGAACUGACUGAGUGCGCAUUUAAUUAAACAAUUAUGGAAUGAAGAAACAUAGUUCAGACACGAUCGAUUCCAAUUUAAAUAAGUAUUUUCAGUCAAUGUAUCAGCAUGGGGUGUUUGGAUAUUGCGGGAUGUCCAAAAGAACUGAAAUGUAACUAAAUCUGUCUAAGAAAGGGGAAUGCGAAGAGACGGAGGAUCGUGACUCUUGUGGACCCAAGUCUCAACAGUUUCGGUGGACAAACGGAGAAAUAUAUCAGGGCUUAACAUAACGUAGAGGAGACUUGGACAGCAAGUUCUCUUCAGCAACGGAAGGGUGAAAUACACCCCACAAGAUGGAUAUGUUCAUGUGGAUGUUUGGAUUGUUAUUGGCUUUUUGUUUAACACCCAGAGUGCAAGGAGAUGACGAGACGGUGUGUGGGGGACACGUAGAUGCCAGUGAUGCAGGGUACAUUACCUCCCCAGGGUACCCCCAUGAGUACCCCCCACACCAGAACUGCGAGUGGGUGAUCACUGCCCCUGAACCGUCCCAACGCAUCGUACUCAACUUCAACCCCCACUUUGAGCUGGAGAAGCUGGACUGCAGGUAUGACUUCAUUGAAAUCCGGGAUGGGAACUCUGCCUCUGCUGACCUGCUGGGGAAGCACUGUAGCAACAUUGCCCCACCUGCCAUCAUCUCUUCUGGCCCUGCCCUCCACAUCAAAUUUGCUUCUGACUACGCCCAUCAGGGGGCCGGGUUCUCGCUGCGCUAUGAGAUCUUCAAGACAGGUUCGGACUUCUGCUCUCGGAAUUUCACCAGCCGGUCGGGUGUGAUCGAGUCCCCCGGGUUCCCCGACAAGUACCCGCACAACCUGGAGUGCACGUUCAUUAUCAACGUGCAGCCGCGGAUGGACGUCACCCUCACCUUCCUGACCUUCGACCUGGAGAACGACCCCCUGCAGGUGGGGGAGGGGGACUGCAAGUACGACUGGCUGGAGGUGUGGGACGGCCUUCCUCAGGUGGGACCCCUGAUUGGGCGUUUCUGUGGCACGAAGGUUCCUCCUGAGAUCCAGUCAUCCACUGGCCUGCUGUCUCUCUCCUUCCACACCGACACGGCUGUAGCCAAAGAUGGCUUCUCCGCCCGCUACAACAUGACCGUAAAGGAAGUCAGUGACAGUGAGUGCCCCCUCUUCCCCCUUUUCCACCCGCCUCUGGCCCCACACACAUCCGUCUCCAUGGUAACGCUGACCCCCUUUCUCUCUCUCUCCCUACCAGCGUUUCACUGCAGCAGUCCUUUUGGAAUGGAGUCUGGAAGGAUCUCUGAUGACCAGAUCACGGCCUCUUCCUCCUUCGAAGAUGGCCGCUGGUCUCCCCGCCAGGCGCGGCUCAACAACCAUGACAACGGAUGGACCCCCCGUGAGGACAGCAGCAAGGAGUACAUCCAGGUGGACCUGCACUUCCUCAGGGUCCUCACGGGCAUCGCCACCCAAGGCGCCAUCUCCAAGGAGACGCAGAAGUCCUAUUACGUCACCACCUUCAAGCUGGAGGUCAGCACCAAUGGGGAGGACUGGAUGGUCUACCGACAUGGAAAAAACCACAAGGUUUUCCAUGCCAACACGGACCCCUCAGAGGUGGUUCUGAACCGUGUGCCCCUGCCGGUCCUGGCCCGCUUUGUCCGAAUCCGACCACAGACGUGGAAGAAUGGGAUCGCCCUGCGCUUUGAGCUCUACGGCUGCCAGAUCACGAAUGCUCCGUGCUCAGAGAUGCAGGGAAUGCUCUCCGGGCUGCUCCCAGACUCCCAGAUCUCGGCGUCCUCAGUCCGCGACCUGCACUGGUCCCCUGGAGCCGCCCGGCUGGUGGCCAGCAGGUCCGGGUGGUUCCCCGGCCCCACCCAGCCCGUGGCGGGGGAGGAGUGGCUCCAGGUGGACCUGGGGGUCCUGAAAACGGUGCGGGGCGUGAUCACCCAGGGGGCCCGCAGCGGAGAGGGCAGCACCAGCGCGGAGAACCGGGCCUUCGUCAGGAAGUACCGGCUGGCCCACAGCACCAACGGCAGGGACUGGAACUUCCUCAUGGACAGCAAAACCAGCCUGCCUAAGGUCUUUGAGGGGAACACACACUUUGACACCCCAGAGGUGCGGCGGUUCGAGGAGACCGCGGCUCAGUUCAUCCGGAUCUACCCCGAGAGGUGGUCCCCCGCCGGUAUCGGCAUGAGGCUGGAGGUGUUGGGCUGUGACCUGCCAGAGACCACCUCUCACACUAACAUGGCCACAGCCACAUCCCCCCUCCAUCCAGCAGAGGGCAGCAUCACUCGGAGAGCAGAGCCAGUUCCUGUGACCACGCCCUCCUCUCUGAUUGGCCUGUGUGACUUUGAGCGGGGCCUAUGUGGGUGGAGCCGUGACCCCAUGGCCGAGCUCCAUUGGUCGCUGCACAGCGGGGGUGGGUCUCCUGGCGAGGGACGAGGCCAGGAAGUCCCUCAGACUUCUCAGGAUUCGGGGAGCUACCUGUUCGUGGAGGGGAGCCCCAAGACCGAGAGGGCGAGGGCGCGGCUGCUGAGCCCACAGGUGGAGGUGGAGCGGGGGCCCAUCUGCCUGCUGUUCUCCUACCAGCUCCGCACCGAGGCCGGGGCCAGCCUGCGGGUGCUGCUCCGGGACGCAGACCACCAGGAGACCCUGCUGUGGGCCCUCAGGGGCGACCAGGGGCCCCUGUGGAGGGAGGGCAGAACUAUCCUGCCCCGCUCCCCAAAAGAGUACCAGGUUGUCCUGGAGGCGCUCUUUCACCAAAGCAACUGGGGGCACGUCCGGAUCGACAACAUCCACCUCAGCUCCACCACGCUGCUGGAAGAGUGCACACAGCCAUUUGCCGCUUUCCCUCCAGACAUGACUGAUCAGAGACCAGCGGACUUUGGCGACGAGCGUCUGUCCAACGGCAGAGGCCAAACGGACAGAGGAUCCCCCCACCUGGAGAGGAGCACCCCUGUCCCGACCUCUGACCCCCCAGUGACCCCCGAGUCUGAGAAAGAUAACUCCUGGCUCUACACCCUGGACCCCAUCCUGGUGACCAUCAUCGUGAUGAGCUCCCUGGGCGUGCUGCUGGGCGCAGUGUGCGCAGGCCUGCUGCUCUACUGCACCUGCUCCUACGGAGGCCUCUCCACCCGCAGCUCCACCACCCUGGAGAACUACAACUUCGAGCUGUACGACGGCAUCAAGCACAAGGUCAAGAUCAACCAGCAGAGAUGCUGCUCGGAGGCCUGAGGGGAGCGCCAGGUUCUCCACUCUCCUCCUCCUCUCUCCCUUGGCCUCUCUCUCUCUCUCUCUCUCCUGUGGGACAGCACCUGACCAGACAACAUCUCUCUCAAACACUGACCGUCCUGCUCUCGAAGAGGAGGCAGAGACCAGAGAGCUGCUCCCACUGCGCCGUUCUUCAAGUGCCAAAAUCUUGAAAACAUAUCAACAAUGCCUAAACCCAAAAACAUUAUGAUAGACUUUUACAUCACUGCAUUGUAAGUGGCUUGCAUUUUACGGACAGCCAAGUGACACCUUGACAAUGUAGACAGGUGACUGAGUGACACCUCAGAUGUUGAGGGGCAAGUACGUGUAGAACUUCAGGCUUCACAGCGGCUCGGGAAUUUGAUUUUUUUGUUGGAUGGUCUCCACAGAAUUGCAGCUUCAGUUUUUCUCCUUUCUCAUCUGGGCUAAUUUUAGAGAUAAUUAUUUUUGUCUGUUGACUGUCAGUCUUAUGCUUCUUCAGUUCUUAAGUGCGUAUGAUAUUAAUAUUUGAAGGUUUUGCUUUGGUAUGUUGCCAAGCUGUAUAAAAAAGACAUAAUUAGACAAGAAAGGAAAAAUUAGACAAAAUGUUCAGUUACACGGUUUAACUGGACAAGAAGGAUUGUCUUAGAAUUUUUAUUUAUAAAAGAAGGAUGUACACACACACACACACACACACACACAGUGAUGCACAGUGACCCUGAAGGUUGUUUCAUUGCAUCCUAUGGAUAGCAGAGUUUGAGCCAUGGACAUGUCGGUAGCAGAUCCACACAUGUGUAUCAGAGACUGGAGUGAGGCAACACACACACACACACACACACGCACACUCACACACACGCACACACACACUCACACACACACACACACACACACACACACUGAAAGAGGGAGAGGUAGGGAUUAUUGUCUCUCCUCACCUUCCCUGAGUGCCAUAUGAAAGAGCUUAAGGGAGGCCAGACGAUGAAAUCUGGAAAUGGACGCUUUGUUGGAAGUGCUGUUGAGCCUUAAGCCCGGUUUUGGAGGAGAGCCAUCGAGACAGAAAUGUCCCAGGAUACAAACCACUGAGGCCUUGGGAGGGGGUUAUGCUAUCUUCAUUUUGCCAUUGCUUUUUCAACAGUGAAGGAGAGAGUAAACUGUACACCGGCUUUGUGUUUAUGUGAAUCUGACUGGAGUACUUCAGACUGUUCCUGGAUGUUUUCACAUCGUAAGAGAAAGAGAACUUCAAAUCUGUACUCUGUACAUCCACAGAAUGAGUCUUACCUGUGCACACACACACACACACACACACACACAUGCAUACACACACACAAGCCAAGCAUGAGCAGUGUGCGAGUGCUUGGAUCUGUGGGUGCUGGUUGGACGCUGGCGAUUGAGCCAAUGGUGGUUCAGCUGUGGGGUAGAGAUGGUGCAUCGGGCUCCUGGACUCUGUUCACUCUUUUCCAAGUGCCUUGGAGCUCGCCCCAGUGAACCUUCCUUUGGCCAGGAGAGAGCAUUAUGUCUCCUGUCUGGGACAGGUGGCUAACAUCAUCCCGGCACUCCUCAGAUACUCAAAUGUUAUUUGUAGACUUUGUACAGAAAUUUUUUUUAUUGUGAUUAUUAUUAUUUAAUAAACGAUUGAGAAUAUAGUAGAGGCUCUGUUAAGGCUCUGUUGGUCCUUCCCUUGUCUGUUCAACUGUGAAGCAGUUUUACUGGUCAUUAUUUUGUGACGUGGAUAUAUAAUCUCAAAUGUACACACUCACACAGAAUUGUAUUUUUCAGUUGAAACCAGGGUUAAACAUUUGUUAAAGGUGCAAUAGGUUAUUUUAACCCCCAUCUAGUAACAGGGAAAUAAAAAGAGCUGUUCCGGGUUUUACUUUGUGCACUUAUCUAACUCAGUAAUCCUGCUUUGUGCUUUCACAUAAACACAACAUGGCUUGAAAUGACAAAUACAUAUUCAAUGUAAAAGUUAGAGGAAAGCAACACAAAAAUCCACACACACACACACUAUCACCUACAAUAAUAAACAAGCAUAUGUACAUACAGGGAAAUAUACACUCUCAACCAUUCACUCUCUCAAUCUCAGUCAUUAGUCCCCCCAUGCACUGAUGACACACCGUUUUUCCCCCAUGCACUCCUUUAUUCAUCUCCGAGUUUCCUAUGUAUACGUAUACUUUGUUUUAAAUAUACUUUGAAUGUCCAGUUAUUGUUUCAAAUGCCAUUUAACCAAAAAAAUGCUGUUAAUGUAAUAACUAUAGGUGUAUAUACCUUUUUAGGCUUGCUGGUGUAUGGGGUGGUGACUUCAUCUUUAGCAUUUAAACAGGUACUGGGAAUUAUGGAGACCAUGCAGGAUUUGGAUAAACAGACGAGACUGUCACAGGGUUUGUGGUCAUAGACAAUCAUUUCCCCCUCAUGAAGACCAAAGUUAAGCUGUAAAAUUAAUUACUUUCAAGGUUUAAUGAUAUUGACUGACCUCCCAGUUACCCCCUUGGUCUGGGGGUUAUGCCACAUGCCAUGUGCCUGACACAGAUUUGGGGGAAGAGGGGCACAUAUCAUCUGCAAUAAAGCCAUGCAAUAUUAACAUGU